AUGCAGUCUCGGAGCUCUACACCGGAGGUAGCUGAAUCGGAGCUCAACAACCGCCAAAAAUCACCGAUCCUUGAGGAUCCUGAGGUGGGGUUUGCUUCUUCUCAACGUCUACCACGAUCGGCGAACUUCGGAGGUACUGGGUCGGCGUCUAAGAUUCCUGAAUCAUUUGACAACCCUCACAGCCCGUUCUUCCUCCACUCGUCGGAUCAUCCGGGUUUAUCGAUCGUUGCUCACACUCUCGAUGGUACGAAUUUUAACAGCUGGUUUAUUGCGAUGAAGAUUAGUCUUGAGGCGAAAAAUAAACUUUCGUUUGUUGACGGAUCUCUUCCUAGACCUUCUGAGGAUGAUCGUACUUUUAAAAUCUGGAGUCGUUGCAACAGUAUGGUGAAAUCAUGGAUCCUUAAUGUCGUGGACAAGGAAAUUUAUGAUAGUAUUCUCUAUAGUCAGGAUGCUGCUGAAAUGUGGAAUGACUUGUUUCGUCGUUUUCGAGUUAACAACCUUCCCCGGAGAUAUCAAUUGGAACAGGCUGUGAUGACGCUCAAGCAGGGCGAACUGGAUCUCUCAACAUACUUCACGAAGAAGAAGAUUUUGUGGGAACAACUAGGGAACACAAAAUCUCGUACGGUAUCGAAGUGUGAUUGUGAUCAAGUUCAUGAGCUACUUGAGGAAGCUGAGACAAGCCGUGUUAUUCAAUUUCUUAUGGGAUUGAAUGAUAGUUUCAACAACAUCCGUUAG